UUAGGCUUCAAGAUAUAAAGCUAAUAUUUUUUGUAUGUACCUAACUCGCAGAGGACUAUUUUUCUGGCAAAAGAUAUGGGUUAUCAUGGGUUUUUCGUAGAGUCAGCUCGACGAGCUCGAUCUACCCAUGGUAUCAGUUCUUGGUUUAGAGAUCAUCGUCGAUCAUCGCGUGUUUUAUAAAUACUCCAAAAUCUUCGAAUUUUGAGUCUUCGUGUACCAUCAAUGUAGAAUUUUAGCAGAAACCACUCCAGAACGAAAAGAUGUCAAAUUCUACUAUCAAAUCAAGUUUUACUCAAAUACACUAUAUACCAAAAGAAAGAGCGUAGAAAACUGCAUUAAGUGAUUUAAUUUUAAUGCAGUUUGCAUUGAACCGCCAAGACAGUUUUUGCAAAAGAUAUUGCAAUAGCAAAAAAGAAGCCUUAAACGAUUGUCCAGCACUUUACAUACAUCGUUAUUUGUCGGUGCGCUGCAGAUUCUACUAGAGUUCUGAAGAAACAAAAGUCCAAGCUACGAUACCAUACAUCUCUACUUCUUUGAAUGAAUGAAAAAGAAUGAGAAUGACAGAUAACUGAAAUUCUUAUGUAGCAUCUGCCAUUGUCUCUUCCUAUCUUCUCGAAGUUACUCUAAUUAUAGUUCACUUCUUCGUAUUAUUCGUUCGUGUGCACAGUCCUUGUCUGCUUUUCACUCCUUGAUCAAAUCUUCUUACGUUCACUCUAGCAACACUGUCAACCUUAUUUUUCUUUUGUACAUUUCUAUUUUUAGGUUGGCGGAAGGAACUAUCAAGGUCAUUAUUCUUCAUAUUCUUGUCUUUUCUCAUUACCGUUCGCUUUUACACAUUUUGAACCGGCACUUAUGAGUUCAAAUUUUAGCUAUUUAAAGACAACAGUACCGCUGUCGUCGAAUUUAUUUCAUAAGGUUCGAUCUCUUAACAUUGUGAUAGAUCAAACUGAUAAGACUUUGUCUAUACUAAAGUUUGUUGAAACAUAUUUUAAGAGAAUAACAUGUUUAUCAUUGUGUAAUAUUAACGAAGAUCAUCGUUUAAUGUUGCCGCCGACUGAACUAGGUAUGCAAUAGUGCGAAACCUUUUACUGAUAUGCUCGUACCAAAUCGUGUAGUGAUCAGACGCGACUAAUACUCAAACAGCCUGUACUGGUGCAUGAAAAAUUUUUCUGGUAAAUAUAUUUUUUUGGACACAAUGAUUUUUUUUCAACGUUUCUACUGACACAUGUGGAUUGUCUAGAAUCUGCAUACGAGAGUAAGAGUCUAAAAUUUGAUCUUUUUUAAAGAAAAAAGUCAUUGAUCUCUACAGGAAUAUAAAGGUCAAUUUUUACUAGAUAUCAAUUGCUCUGCCGAGUUCAGUUAAUGGACCUUUUUUUUUGUAAGAAAUUCAGUUUCUUUGCGUUUACUCACUUAGUAUGAUCGAGAACAAUUCACAUCUUUACGAAGAAACGUUGAAAGCAAUCAUUUCUUGCCCAAAAAAUAUAUUUUCGAAAAACUCAUUUCAGAGAUUUGACGUAUUGUACGUAUUUUAAAUAAUAGGGCGAUGAAAUAAGUUGAAAAACUUUAAUAUACCAGUGCAAACUGUCUGAGUACCUGACGGGCUGGCAUCAAUAUACAGAUGCAAGGUUUGGUGCUAUUGCAUAUCUAAAUUGAACGACGACAUUUCUCAUUUGCAGCUGAUAUAUGUUUACCUACUGUCAAAAUUUUAAAAUUUCACGAUCAGUAUUAUGAUUGGAAACAUUAUGAGGAUUUGAAACAAUUAUUCUCCAUAUUUCCAAAUCUAAGUGAAUUAUUAAUUAAUCGUUACGAUCUUGAGAAUGCAGCAAGUUAUCUAUAUGAGCAUGAUGGUGAUAAAGAUCUUUUACAAUUGAAAUAUUUGCACACGUUUACUGUAGAGACCGACAAUACAUUUCAGGGAUCGAAAGAACUCAGUGACGUGGCCAAUGAUUUUAAAAAAAGUUUUCGUGAACGUUUGCCACAAAUAGUUUUGGGUUGGAUUACACCUAAUGGCGAAGAAGAAGACAACGACGAUGACAAUAGUGAAAAGGAGGACGGUGGUGACGAUGAUGAAGAAGAAUCUCAUGAAGCAAACGAAGAUGAAGACGGUGAAGGUGAAGAAGACUAA